UUGUAAUAGAAAAAAGUGCUUAAAAAAAUCUUUAAAAAUGCACAUUACCAGUGAAGUGAGUUCUACCACUACCAGCUCCACAAAUCAAAACAAAAAAGGUUCCAGUAACCGUAAUUCUAAUAAUGAAACUAAUAACAAUAAUUCGAAUACCACAAAUAACAACAAUAAUAGUAAAGAAGGUGCCUCCACUAAAAAACCCGUGGAUACUAGUCCCUAUUUAACUCCAGAAAAUCUAAUUGAAAGAACUGUUGAUGUUCUGCUGGCCGAACAUCCGGGAGAACUUGUUAAGACUGGAUCACCGCAUAUUGUCUGCACCACAUUACCCACACAUUGGCGUUCGAAUAAAACGCUGCCAAUUGCCUUUAAAGUUUUAGCACUGGGUGAGGUAAUGGAUGGUACCAUUGUAACAAUACGUGCCGGUAAUGAUGAAAACUUUUGUGGUGAAUUGCGUAACUGUACGGCAGUGAUGAAAAAUCAAGUGGCCAAAUUUAAUGAUUUACGUUUUGUGGGCCGCAGUGGGAGAGGUAAAAGUUUUUCUCUAAGCAUAAUACUUUCAACAAAUCCCAUACAAAUUGCCACUUAUAAUAAAGCCAUUAAAGUGACGGUAGAUGGACCGCGUGAGCCACGUUCUAAAAUACGGCAUCCUGGUUUUCAUCCGUUUGCCUUUGGGCCUCAACGUUUUGGUCCUGAUCCUCUUAUGGGUGGUUUACCAUUUAAAUUACCUGGUUUCGCUCAUCAUUUAGUAGGCAUGCAUACACAUUUACAUGCACCAGAUUGGAGGACAUUGGGUGGCGGUCACGCUGCUGCUCUAGGACGACCAGGAUUUUCUCACGGAGCGCCUUUCUUUCAUCAUCAACCAACUGCCUUUCCUGCACAUAUGGGCUCAUUAGAGAGGCCAGGUUUAGGCAGAUUAGGGGAGACUCAGCACUUAAAUCAAUUGACACAGUUAACAGUACAUGGUACCCCACACAGCACCACAAGUCCGGAGGGAUCACCAACAACUACCACAGCUGGUUUGCAGCAAGCAUCUUUAACCACUUCCCCGCCUUUGACAACAACCACAAGUGAGAAUGAUAAUAACAUAGAUGCCGGAUUUGAAAGUGAUAGUAUUUCGGUGACAGGGUCACCUAGAAAAACUUCUUCCAUACAUGAAGAUGAUGAUCAGCGUAGUACCUCACCACCGGCAUCGAAUACGGGAAGUGGAGGAGCGUUUACUUCGUUAAUACAACGCAGUCCAGCCUUAAGGAAAAACGAAUUGUUUUCAGGUUUUGCUUCGAAUUUUACUCCCACACACAAUUUUAAUCCCGCACUGGCAGCUCAAUUAUUUUUACAAAAUCCCUUGCUACCACAACCUAGUCAGUGGCUGUAUACUCAGUUGUAUAGCAAUUAUCAGGAGUUUCCAUGGUUUAGAAAUAGCACGCCUGCACAAGCAAGUCAAGCGAAUGUUUUAACGCCCUCGCUAGAACCAAGUACAGCUGCUACACCUUUGCUUCCUUCUUCACUAGCAACUGAUUCCAGUCAGGGUGUGAAUUUAAUUAAAAGAUGUGUCACUUUAAUCUCACAUUCUGAAGCUGAUAACUCGAAACUGACUUCCUCCAGCACCCCGCCACCGGUAACAUCAACACGAAGAUCACCUUCGCCUGUCGAAACCAUUGAUUUGGAUGAUGUUAGUACUACCUCUAGAUCAGCGAGUAGUACUUAUGGACCCAUACGCAGCCGUACUCCCAAACCUUCAGAUGUUUGGCGACCCUACUAGCAACUGCGUAAAGCCAUUGGUCAGGCUUUGGGUUUGAGUAUAUCUGAAACGAAUACAGAGUUUAAGGAAUCUGAUGAAGAGGAUUUUAAUGUAGUAUAAAUGCAAAACGGGAAUGUGUUAUUCCCAGUGAUAAAGGGUGUUUAUAUCUUUAAGUUUAUUUUAAACUUUUGUAACUUUCUAGUCAUUUGACAAAAUAAAAGUAUGACAGUUAUUUGAUAUUUCCAA